AUGUUUCGGUUAUCCGAUUUGCAAGCCCACAACAGCGAAAACGACUGUUGGAUUGCAAUCCAUGGCAACGUUUACGACGUGAAGUUUGAGAAUAUCACAAAGUUCCUACAUAUCCAUCCAGGCGGGAAGGCCAUCCUCCUUCAACACGCUGGCAGCGAUGCCACCCCUGCAUUUGCAGAUGUUCAUCCAGCCGAGCUGCUCGAUGAAUAUCUCAGCUCCGACGAAACCCUGGGCACGCUAGACCCAGAAUUUGCUUCUGCUAUCACUGGAGACAGCCUUUCCAGUCGGUCAGCAAACCCAGCACCGCCUCUCCACACGAUCUUGAGCCUCUCAGAAAUGGAAAAUCUAGCCCUCAAACGGCUUUCCCAGAAAGCAGUAUCCUACUACGCCUCCGGCACGGACGACGAACGCACCAAAUUCGCCAAUGAAACAAUCUUCAAAUCGAUCCUUCUCCGUCCCCGCAUCUUCAUCGACUGCACAAAUUGCUCCCUCGAAGCCUCUGUUCUAGGCACCACCGUCGGACUUCCCAUCUUCAUUUCCCCAGCGGCAAUGGCCAAGCUCGCGCACCCCAGUGGCGAAGCGGGCAUCGCAUCCGCAUGUUCCUCUUUCAACACUCUUCAAAUAAUCAGCAAAAAUGCCUCGAUUUCCGUUUCCGACAUCGUCGCUGCUGGCCCCAACGCCGUCUUCGCAUGGCAGUUGUAUGUCCUGAAAGACCUACGCGCAACAGAACGCACGCUCGCUCAGAUCAAAAAGAUCCGGCAAAUCAAAUUCAUAGUGCUAACGCUCGACGCACCAUUCCCAGGUAAACGCGAAGCAGACGAGCGAUUCAAAGCUGCUGAAGCCAUGGCUCAGACGUCAACCCCUCCGGUCUGGGGGACAGACGCGGGACUCACCUGGACAAAGACACUACCUUGGCUGAGGAAACAUACAGACUUACCUAUAAUACUUAAGGGGAUACAAACGCAUGAAGAUGCGUAUCUUGCAGCGCAGCAUCCGGAAGUCAGCGGGGUUAUUCUCUCCAACCAUGGGGGGAGGGCGCUGGAUACAGCACCUACAGCAAUACAGGUUUUGAUGGAGAUAAGGAGGUUUUGCCCCCAGGUACUCGAGGAAAUCGAGGUGUUCGUAGAUGGAGGCGUGAAGAGGGGCACAGAUGUGGUGAAGGCGCUUGCGUUGGGAGCUAGGGGAGUGGGCAUUGGUAGGGCGGCGCUUUAUGGGUUGGCUGUCGGGGGGAGUGCGGGGGUUCUGAGGACUUUAAAGAUACUUGCGGAUGAGGUUGCCACAGCUAUGAGGCUGCUUGGGGUAGAGAGGGUUGAUCAGCUUGGGCUGCAUCAUAUAAACACCACUGCUCUGAACCGGCUGCUUUACGAUGGACCUUUGGGACUUGGAGAGAUCAACAGUGGAAUGAGAGGAAAAUUAUAA